CAAAGUCAAGAAGCGGUUGCAAUCCAAGCAUAGACCACGCUCGUGGGAAGGCAGGAGCAUUUCCAUUUCUCAUUCAGCAUCUCUGUCGGGGAGAGGGUCCUUCUCCCAUUCUCCCACUCUCCCUCUCUCACUCUCUCCCUCCACCCACAGCGCCUGCCCCGUCCUGAACCAUUGCGGUGCGUUUAGUUCCUGUAGGGUCGCACAGGCGGCUGACUUCUGCUUUGUUCUUUGCUCAUCCACCGCAUGCCCUGUCCAUCAGCCAGACCAUCAUUAUUUAUGUAUGAACAUAGCACGGAUACAUUAAACGCCUGGUGGAUACCUUCGUAACCCGAGGAAUUAAGACGCUGCAUACGCCGAGUAGCACGUCGCCGAGUUCCAAACCAUCCAUUGCCGCUGCCUGCGCCUCCUUGGUAAUCCUGACACCUGAAUACAUCCUGGGAUCACCACAAAGGAGGUGAGUGAGGAGAUUAUCGGGUCAUCUUCAUCAUCAUCACCAUCAGCUGCAUCCUCCAUUAAAAGCAAAGGCGCUAUUUCUGAUGGUUCAUCUCUUAUUGACUUGACUGUUAAGAGAGCGGAUGAGACACUUGGUGGGCAGAUCUGUGGCAGUGCGACGGCAGGACCUCUCCCGCUCCCCGAAGCGAUUUCUCGACAGGCGCGAGUCCGCACGCCGACGCAGCCAGAGAGGGCCGCAGAGGACGCGGGGAACACCUGGUAGCCUCACGGAUCCCACCCGCCCCGGACCUCGCUCCCGCUUUCGUUCCCUCCGGCCACAGAGACAGGGCCUCCGUCGGUCCUGUCUCGGCUUUGCCUUCCAGAUGACAUGGCGGCCCCAGUACCGCAGCUCCAAGUUCCGGCACGUGUUCGGUAAGGCCUCAACCAAGGAGAACUGCUACGAUGGCGUCCCCAUCACCAGGAGCGUCCAGGACAACCACUUCUGCUCCAUCAACCCGCGCUUUGUUGCGGUCAUCACCGAGUGCGCGGGGGGCGGAGCCUUCCUGGUCAUCUCCAUUCACCAUACUGGGAAGGUGGACCCACACCACCCUCGGGUGUGUGGUCACAGGGGGAAUGUGUUGGACAUCAAGUGGAAUCCUUUCAAUGACUUCUGCAUCGCUUCCUGUUCAGAGGAUACCACGGUGAAAAUUUGGGACAUUCCGAAGCAUGGCGUGCUAAGGGACAUGACGGUCCCCCGAAAAGAGCUGCAGGGUCACUCACGCAGGGUGGGGCUCAUCGAGUGGCACCCCACUGCCAGCAAUGUGCUUUUCAGCACAGCGUAUGACUACAAGGUGAUGGUGUGGAACCUAGACACUCCGGAACAGGUGAUCAAAAACCCAGUGAGGACAAUUGGCGUGCACACGGAUCUGGUUCUCUCCAUGUCCUUCAACACCGACGGCAGCCAGCUGGCCACCUCCUGCAAGGACAAGAAGAUCCGCAUCAUCAACCCACGCACUGGGGCUCUCCUACAAGAGGCUAACUGCAAGUCACAUAAGGCCAACAAGGUGCUAUUCCUGGGAAAUCUGAAGAUGCUCCUUUCAACAGGAAAUUCUCGCUGGAACCACAGGCAAAUAGCUCUCUGGGAUCAGGAGGACUUGUCUGUGCCUUUGCUAGAGGAGGAUUUGGAUGGCUCGUCUGGAGUACUCUUCCCCUUCUAUGAUCCUGAUACUCACAUGCUCUACCUGGCUGGGAAGGGAGAUGGUAAUAUCAGGUACUAUGAAAUCAGCUCAGAGAAGCCCUAUGUUCAGUUCCUGACUGAAUUUCGUUCAGUCCUCCCACAGAAGGGACUGGGGGUCAUGCCAAAGCGAGGCCUGGACGUGUGCUCCUGUGAGGUGUUCAGAUUUUACAGGCUGGUGACAAUCAAGGGUCUCAUCGAACCACUUUCCAUGAUCGUCCCUCGCAGGUCAGAGUCGUACCAGGAGGACAUCUACCCCAUGACGGCUGGGGAGGAGCCAGCGAUGACAGCCGGAGAGUGGCUUAUGGGGAUGAACAGAGGCCCUGUGCUGAUGUCUUUGAAACCGGGGAGUAAAGUACCAUACAUGUAUCCAGAGAAAAAAGCAGAGAAGCCCCUCAGUGGCUCCCUCGAUAGCACAGGUGACCAGGGUCCUCCUGGCCUGCUGGAAAUCACACUCAUCCAGGAACGCAUAGACAGCAAGGAAAGCAAGGAUGCGAAAGCCUUCAACGACCUGAGCCAGGAAGACAAAGUCCAAAACAUGAGCUGGACCACAGUGUCCAACGGAUGUGAACCCUUGCAGUGCUCUCCACCUAAAACUGAGAACGAGCUGCUCCAGAUGUUCUACCGGCAGCAGGAGGAGAUCCGUCGGCUGAAGGACUUAUUGAGCCAAAGGGAUGUGCGGAUAAAGCAGCUGGAGCUGGAGAUCAAAAAUGUGAGGAACUCCCGGGGGUCUCACUGAGAACGCAGUCCCCACAGUGCCCACGCCUCACCCCCACCCCCAAACUCUCGCCCCCACCCAC